UGCCAUUACUUUCAACCUAUCGUUGGACCCAGGCUUUUCUCUCCAUGCGUCUGAACACCUAUCCUGGUCUCAAGCAGGGAUCAACUGAGCUUACCAGUGACAAGCGCCAGGCAGAUAAUUUUUUUUCACUGUCUGCUGAAUGCGUCCCCCUUUUUCAGCUGAGAAUUUAUCCGCUGGACCAAACAUGAAGUCAUUCUCUGUGAAAAAGCUUGACAAAUCUUAUCCGGGGUGAUGGUUCGCAUGGCAUACUGUCCGAUAAGUAUGAUAGUGGACCCUCCCUUUUUCUUUCCCCUCCUCAAAAACGCCUCUCCUUACUCAGGUAGGCAGGUCUUCAGCUCUGGGCACCAAAGUGAAACCCAGCCAGAAGCAGAACAAGGGAACUCCGACAGGCAAAGAGAAGAACGAAGAACUUAAAAAAAGCCAGUCUAGGAUCAGUCAUAUGCAAAUCAAUC